AUUUUGGUUUGCUUAGCCGCUGGUUUAGCUUCGCGUGCGGGUACCCUAGAACAUCAUUAGCGACCGGUUUGGUUCCUUACCAAUCUGUCAAAGCUGCGAAAGUAAAGCUGCAUGGCAGUGCAACAAAACUGUGCGCCCGUUUCGGCGAGGUGAUCAAAACAUGGGCGACGUCUCGACGCAGACAUGCCUCUCGCCGCGCGUUUGGAAAAUGAUCUGCGAGACGGGAGUGUCGGAAAAUACCGAAGACAUUCUUACGAAGACCCUUACCAUUGACACGGUGCGGCUGAAGGGCGUGCUAGACUCCUGCGAAGUUGCGGAAGGCCACGAGACAUGGCACUCGAGAGCGUUGGAGGUUCUGUCGCCAUCGAUCCAUCACAUCAGAACAGCCUACAUGGCACUGUCCAGGGAAGAAUUUCGGGACAAGGCUGUAAGAUUUUCCUUGUGGACAGAUUCAGAGAAGGACGUGCAGGACUGCUUUGCGUGGCUGCAGUGCAAUGAUCCUUGCGGGCCUGUCCUGGCUGUGCUUAGGAUAACUGCUAUCCUCGAGCGUUCUCUCGGCAAUGUUCUGUUUGAAAAAGGAGUUAAGGUGCCAUUUCUUCUGAAGGACAUCCUGAAUGCACCACAGCUACACGAAGCUUUCGGGCCCGAACUAUUUUGCAAGUCAUUGUGGGUUCCUCCGCAGUCUCUCAACCUGCGCAACGUCACGUGGCACGGAUUCGUCAGGCCGGAGGAAGUCGACAGCAGAUAUGCCUACCUCUUGAUCUGCAUUGUCUUUAGCAUCGGAGAACAAAAUUUGCAGCGCCACAGUGUUGAUGAUGUGAAAAUGCAACGCCGAAAAUGCUUUUCACUGGACAAGUACGCGUCAAAGCUGAAUGACAUUCGAGGUGUGAAUUUCAAUCCGGACGAGUUUCUGUCCAUACUUGAUUCCAGUUCUCUGGUUCUUCAGGGAAGAAUGACAUACUGGAAAGCAUGCAUGGAACUUCUAAGCAAGAGUUUGUACGCACAAUGUUUAACACUGGCACUGCCCCAGUUGGAAUGCAUGCUGAGGGUCCUCUACACAGAAGUAAAUGACUGCUCCUAUCGCCUACUAACAGCAGAGAUGAUGAAAUUGUACACAACGAUGGACGAGCCUUUACGGUUACUUGCUAAGGAAAUGGAAUCCGGCUCGACAAACGCUGUCAGAGAGGCCCUCGGAGAUGCUAACCUUGAGAUGUUCCUCGACAUAUUUUCGUACCUUGAAGGACUAAGGUUGAGGGAUAAGGUCUCCCACGGCGAAGUGGACCUCAAGACAGUCAGCCAGAAUCUAGUUCAUCAUGUCUUGCAUCUGACGGCACUUACAUGCAGCACUGAGCAACCUUCAGGUGGAGAUAUGGAGAGUGGCUACGCUAAAGCAUUGAGGAAAGCGUCACAAAGCUAUCGGGCUCAUUUUCACCCUGCUCAGCUUCUGUGGAAAAAGAUACAGAAGGCCACCACCAAGUUGCACCACCUUGGGACAUAUCGACAAUCUAGCGAAGCCGUAAAUAUAAACUGGAAUGCUGAUGAAAUAGAUACCUGUAUGCGUCUUCUGGGCACGAAAUGGAAUGUAAAAUUGCCAAGACAAUGGAGUUCAAGUCUUCUUGCAGAUAUGGAGCUGCUUAGAUUGUCCGUGGUCAACACCGUCCCUAAAACUGUGUUCAGGCCCAGGAAAGAACUCACAGUUGUGACGCUGUUAAGACGGAUAUGUGACGAAAUUUGGUUCACCUUGGACCAACUGAAUCGCACGUUGGCGUCGAGGACCAAGGUCUUCAACAUGCGUGUGUUGCGGUCACGCCAGCGAGAAAACUUCACGAGGCUUCUAGAUAGGCUACUAAAAGCACUAAUGAAGUUUGUUGAAAACUUGCACUCUCAGACGUCUCCCACCCAAAAUCGCUGGGACGAGUCCUGCAAGCUCUGCAAGGAUUGUGUUGUGAUGCUUCUGCGUCACUUGAACAGAGGACUCGACGACACUUUACUCUUCAAUGGGUGACCUUGUAUUGUGACAUAGCAUCUGCGACAUCGGAACUUCAAAUAUGUGCUCGUGUGUCCCGGGGGUUCUGCAAGUUUUGGCAUGUGCAAGAACUGCGCAAGUAAGAUAUGGCCAACCACAUCUAGGUUAGUAUCUGCACACAAGUAGCCUUCAGGCUUUAUGGACACUCUGUAAGCCAGUGUAUUGUAACAUUUUAACGUGCUGUACUACUCAGAGUGAAGCCUUGUAUUUAUAUUG